UUGACUUAAAGUAUUGUUUCACUUCAGUUUCCCCCCAAAAAAGCCUGAAGGAAGCAAUCCACGUCAAAACAAAACUAACAUUUUCAUUUCAUUUUGAAAUGUUGAUUCAAAAAAUAAAAUAAAAAAUCAUCUCAAAUUUGCCUGCAGGAAGGCACACACCUUUCACUGGAAUUUUCCCACAAAGCUUUCCGUUUCAGUUACACAUUGUUCAGCAGCAGGAAAGCUUUCCACACUAAACCUUUCAACCAGAUCUAAGAACAAAGUUAAAACGUUAAGUGGCAAGGGGUACCACUGGGUGGGUCCAUUUUCUGCAGCUGUUAUUGCUGAGGGGGUCCAUUUUCUGUAAGGUUAGGCUGGGUCACUGGGCAGCAGGGAGUUGGUUUACAGGCUGCCCAGGAUCUGCCAAAUAAGAGAAGGCUGGGAAUAUUGGCGUGUUUAAAAUGAAGGGUUUGAUGAUGGAGAUCCACACACAUUUCAGGAACUCCUUCCGACUGCAGCUGCCAUUUUCCGCCAGGCCCUGCUGUAAUCGGUCAUGAUGCAAGUAUCACCAGACAAAAACAGGUUUCAGAGGAACAGCCGUGUUAGUCUGUAUUCGCAAAAUGAAAAGGAGGACUUGUGGCACCUUAGAGACUAACCAAUUUAUUUGAGCAUGAGCUUUCGUGAACAGGAACCCAGCGACCACAGCAAUCAAACCACCGUGCGCUGAGUAGGAACCAGCCACUUCCCCCUUAGUCCUUCCCGAGGGAAGUGAGAUAGCGUAGAUAAGAGGAACCCUUGCAGUGAAAGAACUAGUUAGAGAGUCUGUUUCAUUGCAAACGCCUACAGGAGAAAUCCGGACCCGGUGCUGCCUAGGAAUACAAAGGAAGGAUUUUCCUAGAAAGAGACUCACCUGGAAUCGACGUCCCACCAGGCUGCGGGGAGAGGCAGAGCAAUGAGGCUAUUCCCCAUUCUGGGUUGGAUGCUUUUCCCAGGCUGCUGGGCGGUGACGGGCCCCGGGGCAGUGCGCGGGCCCCCGGGCGGGUCGGUGGCUGUGCGGUGCCGGUACCGGGGUGGCUUUGAGGAUGAUCCGAAGUUCUGGUGCCGGGAAGGAGGAAGGUGGCGCUGUUCCGACGGGCUUCACAUCGUGGAGACCAGUGGGUCGGAGGCCGAGGUGAGGCGGGGCAGAGUCUCCAUCCGGGACAAUCACACCGAGCUCGCCUUCACCGUGACCGUGGAGAACCUGACCCAGGCAGACGCCGGCACGUACCACUGCGGGGUGGGGAAGCCUGGGCGUCUUGACCCCAGGGCCACUGUGGAACUCACCGUCUCCCCAGCUAAUUCUUCCCCACCCUCAACAGAAACGUCAUCAUCAGCGACAGAGCAACCAACUGCUUCUUCUCCCUCAAUAUCUACUUCCCUCGGGACAAAUGCUGAGAAAGGGAUAUCCACCUUCUAUCCAGGGAUAUCCACUAACCAUGACACCACUGCCUCAGGCAGGUCCCAAGACUCAGACAUCGUCUACAUCCUGGUACCAUGCGUCCUGCUGGUUCUCAUUUUGUUUCUGCUCGCUGCUGUGAUGUUGGUAAGACUGUCCAAGAAGAGGAAAAAAGCUCUUUCAGGAGCAUCUGUGCAGAGGGACAAGAAAAUCAACCUGUCAAAUUUGGGUUCAGAAGAGGUUUCUUAUGUCACAGUGACGAUUUCCAACCCCGACCAGCAGCCCAUCUAUGCCAACAUAGAGCAGCGCCCCAAGAAAACACGCCCAGCCAAGCCCCCUGAGGAAACCCUGUACAGCGCUGUGAAGAAGCCACCCAAACACUAACCCUGGAUAGGAGGCCGAGUGGUGAUGGGGGGCUGCAUGGUCCUUAUCCAAGCUGCUUGAUCCCUACCUGGCAACAUGUGAAGCAACAGGGUUUAGAAGCCAAUCUGACCUGUACAAACUCCGCCAGCUGUUGUAGGCAGAGGACUUACGGACACACUCAGCCUGGACCUGGAGUCUGUUGGUUUGUCUGAUGGACAGGUGGCCUGAUGGAACUAAACAGUUGCUGUUAUCUUGUGAGGAGCGGGUUCAAAGAGCCAGCGGCUGGGCUUACAGACAAUGAAACUCCCCAGGAUCUGGUCAGCAGGACACGCGAGAAACGUUGUAUCUGUGUUUGAAUAUCAUACAUCUGGUGCAAAAAGGGAGUUUAGCGGGACCAUGAAGCAAACCUGCCUGCAAGAGGAGUUUCCUCCAUAUCAGGAGAGAGGGUAGUUCCCCCUGUCACCCCCUCUAACAGCAAGUUAAACCGGAAACGGAUCCAGGCAUCCAAGAGAUAGAUGGAAAGAUAAUUUACAUGCUCACAGGUGUCCUGGUGAUUAAAUCUAUCAAGCUCUGGAAUCAAAUCAGGUCAAGCAUCUACAUCCCAGCCUGUUUUCAUACAGAAACUUAAAACCCCUGGAACUGAAUUUUGAACUGGUUGGACACAGGGCAAUCAUCAUCUACAGAGAGGAGAAGUGCAUGGGGAGGAACCUGGGCCUUGGAGUUGUCUCUAUGCAUUAUUGGGGGGAUGGUCUUAUUAAGGUUGCCUCCCCAACACUUCCCAUUAUAAAACCCCAUUUUGGUUGCUUAUAACUUUGCCAAACUUGAAUUUUAAAUUUUCUUAGCAAGGUGUCUCCCUCAGAAUUAUUUUUUUUGUUUUGUUUGUUGUUGUUGUUUUUUAAGCUUCAACCAAACAGUUCAGAUAGUCCUAAGAACAAGGCAAGGGAUAAAUAUGCUGCCUUGCAAUGUUAAUGAAAAUUCUCUCUUUUCUUUGAGAAGCUGUAGUGUCCACACGCUUUGGAGCCAGGACUUGAAAGCUGGCAGACCAUGGCCCAUGUCUCAGGGACAUACCUUUUGCUGUGAAAAUCCAGUCAAAUUUGGCCAAUUUAUAAGCCUUUGAAAAAUCCGUGUUUGUACAUGCUCAGUAAAAACUUCUUCCAAUUGCACAGACCACCUUAAUUUCAGCAUCCCCUAACUUUUCAUUGCUUGAUUUUGCAACCUUAAUAUUAUUUUAAUGUCGUUUUUUUGCAUGCAAUAUGUUAUGCAAGGAGGGCCUUCUAACCACUGUCUUUCCCUCACCCUGCAGUAUGGAUUGAUGGCGUGAAAGUUUUAUUUAUUUUUCUAGCAUGAACUACCCUAGAUUUAAGCCUCUUUCUUCUUGCAAAGGGAAUUUGUGACCAUCCAGAAACAAUGGAUUAUAAUAAAUUAUGUCUCACUGGCAUCAAUCAUU